UGGACAUUUGGCCCGGCGCCCGGAAGAUUGAAAACCAACAUGGUGGACAAGAAGACAAUUUUUAAUUUUUUGACAAAAAUUGUCUGCUAAAAUCACCUCAUUAUGUCAUCUGAUGAUGCGGUGCGAGCAACAAAUGAUGAUGCUGCAAGCUGUAAACGUUUUGCAGUUCAAAAGGGCUACUGGUCUGACCCUUACAUUCAGUAUUUUGUGAGAAACACUGAAAGAAAAGCUCCAGAAAUUAGCAUAGGGUACUAUGCCAGAGUCAAGGGGGUCAAGUUACUACUGGACAAAUUUCUGCAGUUGACCCAGUGUAACUGUCAGGUUGUCAACUUCGGAGCUGGCUUUGAUACCCUGUAUUGGAGGCUUGCCGAAGAAGGUCAUGUCCCAAAGAGUUAUGUUGAAGUGGACUUCCACAGUGUGACAUCAAAGAAGUGCCACGCCAUUAAAACAAAGAAGCAGCUGCUGGAAAAAAUUGCCACAGAAGAUGGAGAGAUCCGCUUCAAUGAAUUCGACCUUCACGCUGCCAACUACCACAUCGUCGCAGCUGAUCUGCGAAAUCUUGAUGAACUCAAAUCAAAAUUACAUGAUUCCAAUAUUGAUUUUGGACUUCCCACCCUCUUCAUGGCUGAGUGUGUCUUAGUCUACAUGGAGCUUGAUAAAUCAACAAACCUGGUGAAGUGGAUUGCAGACUCAUUUCAGACAACCUUCUUCAUCAAUUACGAGCAGGUCAACAUGGCGGAUCGUUUUGGCCAAGUGAUGAUACAAAACCUGAAGUCAAGGCAGUGUUUGCUGCCGGGGGUGGAGGUCUGUUCCAGUCUGGAGACUCAAAAAAAUAGGUUCCUGAGCAAUGGCUGGGAAUACUGUGAGUGUCUGGAGAUGACAGCUGUCUAUCAAAAUCUACCCCACGCUGAAGUAAAGAGAAUUGAGCGACUGGAAUUUCUCGACGAAAAAGAAUUGCUGACUCAGCUGUUUCAGCACUACUGUCUGUGUUGGGCACUUAAGGAUCCUAAGAACAUCGGACUAGAUGCCAUAGAUUGUGUACCGACGUGAGCCAUUCUGCUUUACAGGAAAUUCUUCAAGUGAUCUGUGAUUCAACUAAUGUUUGUGUGGGGUAAUGUUCCUGAAUAUUUGAGGGCCAGAUAUUGGAUAUUUGGAUCAGAGAUUGAAAGUUGUGAGGAGAAUUCAAACAACACCGGUACUGUACAAUUGAGUUGAGACUGACAUUGAAAAGAUCAAAAACAGUGGUAGAACAGUGGUAGAAGACUUUGUACAUAGACGUGUCCUUGGUAUUGAGUUUGUUCUAAGUGCAAAGCCUCAACCUGUGUUAUGAGGCUGAGCUUGGGAAAGGAGGGCAUUAUCACAUAAAGACGCAAGAAAAAUGACAAUUUUUUGGGUCCGACUGCUGAGAAUACGACGAAGGCCAAUGUUUUUCAGCUGACAUGUCCAUGCUGAGAGGAUAUUAUAACUGAAGCAAAUGAGUUCUCUGAGUACAUGGCCCGGCCUCGACCACAUGUGCCAGUCAUAUCAGCUUGUUCUUGAAUCAUGUAAAGGUUAUCUUCGUACAGUCACCCUGUCUGAAGGAAUGAAAUAUUGUAAACAGCUAAUAAGUCUCAUUUGCACAUUAGGAAGGAUACCAAUUCCAAGUAUGUUGUGCUACUAAAUGGUGCUGUGUAACCUAGCAGUCUAUUGCUUGUUUAGCCUAGAUAUAACCGAACAAAAAUAGCACAAAAUCCAGAACAUUUUCAUAGAAAGUGUAAAACAGGAGAAGCAAUUCAUGAUCGAUUGCUAGUUUGAGAGUGUACUUUUAUUAACAUUGAUGACAUCAUGACGGACAGGAAAUUCUAAUUCUUGGCCAGGUUUUGUUUCCUUCUAAGCCUCUGCUCCAUGUCAUAUACUUUAUAUCACCACACAAGUGUUCUGUGUUUACCCAAGUAAUGUCAGACUGUCACCAUGUCAGGCAAAUGAUCACCAUUUAUGUUAUGAUGUCAUUUCCAAUAAAAGUGACGAUGAUACCACAAUCAUGUUCCAACAACAUGAUGAUAAUGUGUCAUGUGACGUUACAUUUGAAUCUACAAAUACUUUUAGCAAGGGCUGUAAAUAAUCGAUGUGCUUGAGCUUUUUAGCCUUGGUUGGUUGAGAUUAUCAAGAAGUAUGCAGAUAGGAUUGUACAAGUCAUUUCAUUUGUUUAGAGGGCCUAUUGCUGAUGGGAUUUAGCCACUGCUUACUAAAUGGAAUGCUCAUUCGUGAACACCAUCUGCAAUUUUUAUUUUCAAGGUUAUAACCUUUUUGAACGAUAACUAAGGUAAUAUGUUUGUUUAUAGCAAUCAAUGUGUGAAUGUAAAGCAAGAUAUGCUUGAUGUUAAGAUUUAGUUCUUAUAUGAUUUUGAAAUAAAAUUUCUGUGAUGAUAGUAA